CGCGACUGCUAAGCAGACUAUAGAGUGAACCGGAUAAUGGCGGCCGGCAUGGCCCUAGCCCUAGCCCUGUGGCUACUACUGCCGCCAGUGGGGGUGGGAGGGGCGGGGCCCCCUCCGAUCCAAGACGGCGAGUUCACAUUUCUGUUGCCAGCGGGGAGGAAACAAUGUUUCUACCAGUCAGCGCCUGCCAACGCAAGCCUCGAGGCCGAGUACCAGGUGAUAGGAGGUGCUGGGAUGGACGUGGAUUUCACGCUGGAGAGCCCUCAGGGAGUGCUCUUGGUCAGUGAGGCCCGCAAGGCGGAUGGGGUGCACACGGUGGAACCGACAGAGGCUGGUGACUACAGGCUAUGCUUUGACAACUCCUUCAGCACCAUCUCUGAGAAGCUGGUGUUCUUUGAGCUCAUCUUUGACAGCUUGCAAGAUGACGAAGAAGUGGAGGGCUGGGCAGAGGCCGUGGAACCCGAGGAGAUGCUGGAUGUCAAAAUGGAGGACAUCAAGGAAUCCAUCGAGACUAUGAGGACCCGGCUGGAGCGCAGCAUCCAGCUGCUCACCCUGCUGCGGGCCCUGGAAGCGCGGGACCGCAACCUGCAGGAGGGUAACCUGGAGCGGGUCAACUUCUGGUCUGCUGUCAACGUGGCUGUGCUGCUGCUGGUGGCCGUGCUGCAGGUCUGCACGCUCAAGCGCUUCUUCCAGGACAAGCACCCCACGUGCACGUAGCUUUGCCUUGGAGAACCACCAACUGACAGUGGAGGGCCACGGGCCUGUGCCCCUGGGGGAUCCCCCUCCUAGCUUUGUUUCUGUGGGAGGGGAGGCUGUUGUGCCCUCGUGGGCUGGGCAAAGUGCCCGCGGCACUUGAGGGGCUGCUGCAGUGAUGGAGUGUGGCCUCGUGUUUCCUGGCACCCCCUGUACAUGUGCCUUCACUGUUUUGGCAGUUCUGGGGACUGAGCCCAGGGCCUUUGCACUGAGCUACACCCUUAGCCAUUUUUUUUUUUUCUUGAAACAGCAUCUUGCUAAACUGCUAGGUUGCCUGAACUGAGCUUGAACUUGUGAUCCCCAGCCUCAUCUCCCAGCGGCCUGGGGUGACAGGCCUGUGCCACUGCCCUGGCCUUAGCUCAUCCUCCAGGCAGUAUGGAGGGCCCAGGAAGCACUCAUCCCUGCCCUCCCCCCACUGGGGUUCUCCCCGCCGGACGCGGCAGGAGGGGUGCUGUAACCUGAUGGACCCCACACCUGGGUUUCUCUCUUGGGCCAGGAAGGAGGUGACAGCUGCAGUGUUCUUGCCAGGAGUCUUUAUUUGACAGAAAGGGGUCCUAGCUCCUCAGCCCAUUGGGUGGCUUGGUGGGCAGGAGGUCUGGGGACAACUGCAGGAGGGACCUAUAGUACUGCCCACCCCUUCCUACAGGACCUCCAACAGGGCUGAACCGCAGCUUGGCCAUAGCCCAAGGCGGAAGCCUCAAAGAAAAGAGCCAGUCAGGCCUGACUCCUGGAGUCAAUAAAUUAUGGUCAGAGAA